AUGGAAAGGAUCUUAGUAACAAGGCUGAAGAACGAUAUGGAAAUAUCGACUAACCAAUUCGGAUUUGUGGCCGGAUCCACAAUCGAUCCGAUCUUCGCACUAAGACAAAUGAUGGAUAAAUAUGGAGAAAAGAAAAGAAACCUACAUAUGGUCUUUAUUGACUUGGAGAAAGCUUAUGACACGGUCCCUCGCGAUUUAAUAUGGUGGUGCUUGAGAAAACAAAAUAUCCCUGACGCAUAUGUACGGCUUAUGAAAUAUAUCUAUGAAGCCUCAACUUCUUGCGUUAGAACGACAGUUGGAGACUAUAAACCUUUUGGGGUUAAAUUGGAUUACAUCAAGGAUCUGAUCUAA